UUUCAAUAAAUAGAUACAUUUGCCAUUUUAUUUUUGAUACUGCCACAACAUUGUUAUUAUACUAUUUUUAUCAAAACUGAAUGAGCUUUACCAUAAAUAUUUUAUUACCAUGGAAAUAUUAUUAAUUUGAUAGAAAUAGAAUAUUUUAGUCAGAAUGACGGCCCGUGCAGUUUAUCAAGUUUUUGAUCAAUAUCAGAAAAGUAGACUCAAUUUUGCACAAACUGUUGGCGAUUUAGCCCUGAGACCAGUCAACAUUCAGUACUUAAUAGACGCAGGGGCCCUUUCUCUUCUUUAUCAUCUUUUGUCUGAUAUUUGUAUUCAAAUUCAAAACGCGGCUGCAAUAGCAGUUGGAAGAAUAAUUCAUCAUGAUGCUAAAGCGGGUUGCACUGUUUUAAAUAUGGGCUACGUUCCGGUAUUACUGAAGGAUAUAGAGAAGAAAAAUAAACAUUACAAGAAAUCGGCACUGUUUGUGCUUAGGUCACUUUGCAAACACAGCGCAGAACAUGCAGAAGCAGUAUUGAACAGUGGGGGAUUAGAAGCGUUUAUCAUUUGUUUGGACGAUUUUGAACCCACGGUAAAGGAAGCUGCCAUUUGGGCCAUUGGCUACGCUGCUAGGCACACUCAGGCUCUUGCCCAAAGGAUUGUAGAUGCGGGUGCAAUACCUCUGAUUGUUUUGUGUCUACAAGAACCCGAAUUAUAUUUGAAGCAAGUGGCAACUAGCGCCUUAAAUGACAUUGCAAAACAUAGCGUCAAUUUGGCACAGAAUAUCGUGGAUGCUGGGGCUUUAGCUUAUCUAUCAAAAUCCCUGAAUAAUCAAGACGAAAAACUCAAAAAACAAAUUCUACAAUGUCUAAGUUCGAUCGCCAAACAUUCGAACGAACUGGCCGAGUUUGUCGUUGAAGCAGAAGUAUUCCCGAACGUGCUACUGCUUUUUGCACACAGUUGCCCCGCUAUACGAAAAAAUGCAACCACAUUGGUAAGAGAAAUUGUGAAACAUUCACUAGAAUUGGCCCAGUUGAUUGUAAACACCGGAGGCGUCGGGGCCUUAAUGGAGGUACUGAAGUUUGAAAGCGAGGAGUCUAAAGUACCAAUAAUUAUGGCACUUGGAUACAUCGCAGGUCAUUCGGACCAGUUAGCAUUAACGGUGUUGGGAUGCGAAGGUAUUGCCGAAUUAACGAAAAUAUUGUACACUGUCGAGGACGAGGCAACUCAAAUCGUGGCAGCAUGGACUUUGGGACAAGUGGGCAAACACGGUCCUGAACAUUCGAAGGAAGUUGCAGCAGCGAAUGCCUUUCCUCGUUUGUUGGAACUGUAUAUGGAUCCAAAUUCAUCGGAAGACUUAAAAUUGAAAUGCAAGACAACAUUGAAACAGUGCUUGCAAAAAUGUCUGUACCUGUCUGCUUUGGAACCUCUGCUUUACAACGCGCCUCCGGAUAUUCUCAAGUAUAUUCUUGGCCAGUAUUCAAAGGUUCUUCCCAAUGAUCCUCAAGCGAGACGUUUGUUCGUUACAACCGGAGGACUAAAAAGGGUACAAGAAAUAGAAGCAGAACCCGGUUCCACUUUAAUGGAAUACAUCACUAUUGUAAAUGCUUGCUUUCCUGAUGAAAUUGUUCGAUUUUAUUCUCCCGGAUAUCCCGAUACUUUACUUGACCAAGUGGAACAAUAUUCUCCCCAGGUAGUUAUACUAUUAUUGAUUGAUUGACCGAAAGUACAACAAAAAGUGAAAUAAUUAUUCGGUUAGGUUGGGUUACGUUUAUAUUUCAUUCAGGAGAUCAUGGUAGGUGCGGUUAGGUUAAGAAUAAUUUGGUUUUGUAUGUUUAAAGACACGGAUAGAUUAGAUUACACGUCAAGUUACGUUGUUUGAAGACCUGUUAUGUUUUAAUGAUUUUCCUAGUGUAUAAGGUGGGUAUUAUUUUUACUAGUCAAAAGUAAUGUUGGGUUAUGUCAGGUUAGACAGUAUUGGGUUAAGUUAGGUUACGUCAAAACCCUCGGGAACAACGAAGUUUAACAUAAACUUACUGUCAAGCAAUUGGCAAACGCAUAAACACAUCGAUCACAAUCCAAAAAAGGAAAUUUAAUAAUGAACUACAUGAGUAUUUUCUAUCUACAUUGGGUAGAUUACACGUCAAGUUACGUUAUUUGAAGACCUUUUAUGUUUUAAUGAUUUUCCUAGUGUAUAAGUAAGGUGGGGAUUAUUUUUACUAGUCAAAAGUAAUGUUGUGUUAGGUUAGGUUAGACAGUAUUGGGUUGGGUUAGGUUACGUUAAAACCCCCAGGAACAACGAAGUUUAACAUAAACUUACUGUCAAGCAAUUGGCAAACGCAUAAACACAUCGAUCACAAUCCAAAAAAGGUAUUUUAAUAAUGAACUACAUGAGUAUUUUCUAUCUACAUUGGGUAGAUUACACGUCAAGUUACGUUAUUUGAAGACCUUUUAUGUUUUAAUGAUUUUCCUAGUGUAUAAGUAAGGUGGGGAUUAUUUUUACUAGUCAAAAGUAAUGUUGUGUUAGGUUAGGUUAGACAGUAUUGGGUUGGGUUAGGUUACGUUAAAACCCCCAGGAACAACGAAGUUUAACAUAAACUUACUGUCAAGCAAUUGGCAAACGCAUAAACACAUCGAUCACAAUCCAAAAAAGGUAUUUUAAUAAUGAACUACAUGAGUAUUUUCUAUCUACAUUGGGUAGAUUACACGUCAAGUUACGUUAUUUGAAGACCUUUUAUGUUUUAAUGAUUUUCCUAGUGUAUAAGUAAGGUGGGGAUUAUUUUUACUAGUCAAAAGUAAUGUUGUGUUAGGUUAGGUUAGACAGUAUUGGGUUGGGUUAGGUUACGUUAAAACCCCCAGGAACAACGAAGUUUAACAUAAACUUACUGUCAAGCAAUUGGCAAACGCAUAAACACAUCGAUCACAAUCCAAAAAAGGAAAUUUAAUAAUGAACUACAUGAGUAUUUUCUAUCUACAUUGGGUAGAUUACACGUCAAGUUACGUUAUUUGAAGACCUUUUAUGUUUUAAUGAUUUUCCUAGUGUAUAAGUAAGGUGGGGAUUAUUUUUACUAGUCAAAAGUAAUGUUGUGUUAGGUUAGGUUAGACAGUAUUGGGUUGGGUUAGGUUACGUUAAAACCCCCAGGAACAACGAAGUUUAACAUAAACUUACUGUCAAGCAAUUGGCAAACGCAUAAACACAUCGAUCACAAUCCAAAAAAGGUAUUUUAAUAAUGAACUACAUGAGUAUUUUCUAUCUACAUUGAGUAGAUUACACGUCAAACUACGAUGCUUAAAGACCUGUUACCUUUUAAUAAUUUUCCUAGUAUAUAAGUUAAGUGGGGAUUAUUUUUAUAAGUCGAAUGCGAUUAUGGGUUAGGUUACGUCAAAACACCGAGGAACAACGACUUUUAACAUAGCCUUACUGUCAAACAAUUGACAAACGUAUAAAUACAUUGAUAUCAAUCCAUAUAAAGGAAAUUUAAUAAAAAGUAUGUACAUACCUUAGUAUUUUCUAACCACAUUGUGUAGAUCAGAUGUCACACUACGUUGAUUGAAGACAGGUUAUGUUCUAUUGAUUUUCCAAGUGUAGAAGUCAGGUUGGGU